UCUUUAAACAAACUGGGGGAAUGAUGUCAAGUGGCCCAUCUGGGCUUCACUGGAGGGAAAGGCAGCAGUAGGGCUGAGGAAAUUAGAAGAGACUGUGGAUAGUUACAUCAGUGUGCUGCAGGAGGGAGAAUCACCUGUGAAGAGUUAAGUGGGCUCUGAGGCCCCUCUUUUUGGGCUAUAAAAGGCCUGGAAAUGCAUUGGCCUGUUUUAAUUUUCUCAUCUAGAGGGGUGGAACAGAGACAAAAAGAUUUUAUGGGACCAGUGCUGCUGUGGCCAAGAGAGUAUGUCGAUUCUCUUGUUGGCUAAGAGAGCUGGCAGUGACAAAAACCUAACCCAAAAGGCUCAGAGUAUUUUCUGAAAAAGUUCUGCAGGGCAGAGGAGUUGUACAGUUGAUCACAUGCAGGAGCACGGGAUAGAUGGAGUACAGCUGACUCAACAACUACAGGGGAUUUGGGUUUUGCAAUGGAACAGGUAUGGUUGCUGCUCCUGCUGACGAUUAAAGUGCUUCCAGUGACUGCUCAGUUCAAUGGAUACAACUGUGAUGCUAACCUCCACAGCAGGUUUCCUGCUGAGCGAGAUAUCAAUGUUUUCUGUGGAGUACAGACAAUUACUAUGAAGAUAAAUUUUUGCACAGUUCUUUUUUCUGGUUAUUCUGAGACAGAUCUGGCACUGAAUGGGAAACAUGGGGAUGCCCACUGCAGGGGCUUCAUCAAUAACAACACCUUUCCAGCAGUGGUCAUUUUCAUCAUCAAUCUGAGUACUUUGGAAUCUUGUGGAAACACUUUAGUGGUAUCCUCAGCUCGAGGUAUCAAUGCUUAUGGAAAUACCUCAGUGGUACAGAUAGGUAAUGUUUCAGGCUACAUUGAUACACCAGACCCACCAACAAUUAUCAGCUAUUUGCCUGGGCUCCUGUACAAAUUUAGCUGUAGCUACCCACUGGAGUACUUGGUGAACAACACCCAGCUCGCUUCGUCAUCAGCUGCUAUUUCUGUAAGAGAGAACAAUGGUACAUUUAUCAGCACUUUGAAUUUGUUGCUUUACAAUGAUUCAACCUACAGCCAGCAACUCCUUAUUCCAAGUACAGGUUUACCUUUGAAAACCAAAAUAUAUGCAGCUGUGAGAGCAACCAACCUUGAUGGCAGGUGGAAUGUUUUGAUGGACUACUGUUACACCACACCAUCUGGCAAUCCUAGUGAUGAUCUUCGAUAUGAUCUUUUUUUCAGCUGUGACAAGGAUCCGCAGACGACCAUAAUUGAAAACGGCAAGAGUCAAAUGGGCCGGUUUUCCUUCGAGGUGUUUCGCUUUGUCAAGCACAAGAACCAGAAGAUGUCCACGGUCUUCCUUCACUGUGUGACAAAGCUGUGCAGAGCAGAUGACUGCCCCUUCCUCGUGCCAAUCUGCAGUAACAGAGAAAGAAGAGACAUUGGUGGAAGGACAACUUGGCGCCCUCAGAGCACAUCUGGCAAUGCUGUAAUCUCUGCUGGCCCCAUCAUUACAAGGAGUGAUGAGACGCCAACCAACAAUUCAGAGCUUGCUCACCCAAACGGACCUCCUUUCCAGAUGAACACAGUAACCAGUGCGCUGAUUUCAGGCAUAGUUGUCCUUGGAAUUUCCAGCAUUUUCUUUUUUGUGUGUUCUCUAACCCUUCUGCACAGAAACUGGCCCAACACUUCAGUCCUGAGCGGCAUCCGGAACCCAGUUUUCAACUGAAAGUGACGAUUCGUUUGCACUUUUUGUUUGGGGUUGCCUUUCUCAUCUGUGAAAUAUGAUUCCAUUAAAAAGUUAUAUUAAGGCAACACUCCAGUGAUAUCCAGCUUCUGUUCCAGCUAUUCUAUACUUGUAGAUUUGCUAGCUGAUGUUGUGUAGGUAAGCAGCAGUGAUGUUGGUAAGAAGCCUAGAAAAUGUUGAGAAUCUCAAUUGUGUUUGCGAUCAGACUGCAUGACAUUUGCCCGUGAAUGUGCUGACAAUAGAGCUCCUGUCUCCAUCUGCUCAGUAAGGUCUGAAAGCUGAAGAGGCUGCAGAUGAGAGCUUUUCCAAAUAUACCACUUUAAUGCAAAGGCUGACAUAUUCAGAGCAAUUCUUAAGUUCAUAAACACCUAGUAAGAUAAGGCUAACUUCUCUUUUGUCAUUACAUUUUUCACAAAAACAAGUGUGUCUCAGGAGGAAUUUGUUUUCAGCUGUCUUGGCUAAAAAUAACCUAAGAGAGGCUUGGAACAAGUGACUUUUACAUAUUUGUAAUUUGGAAGUAUUUUCUUUAAUAUAUCUUCCAUUGGCUUGUGGAGAUAUCAUGUAUUAAGUAUUGUCCAAACUUUCCUCACAGAAAAUUAUUUUUUGAGUAUAAUUUGGCAACAGAGUAAAAAUCUCACUAAUAUACUAAUUCCUAAGGACAAGUUUUGUCUGGUGAGUUUUUCAGUUCUCAGAUAAAGCUUUCAUUUCCACAUGAAGAGUCAUCAAUCAGUGCUCAUUUCUUUAGCAGAUUUUCUGUAUUAGACUUGUUCACUGCAUGGAUGAGGGGAAGAGGGCAACUAGAAGGAUAACAGGCUGCAAGCAGCACUGUGCUGUUGGCUCUUGUUAGUCUAGUGAACAUCAGAUUUGCCUGAAGUGAGUGUGAGUGACAGGUGCCCUCAAAGAGGAGCACAAGGCAGUGGCUUGGCUGUGUAGACAAAAAUGCUGGUACUAGAGGCCACCAUAGACACAACAUAUUAAGCUGGACUGGAUAGACAGUUGGGAUUUUGGUCACACAUACAGCAGUUAAAUUUCCUCUUUUGUGUACUGUACAUAUUGGCCUAGAAACACCUCAUUGAUAUUUAUCAUCAUCCUGUGUUACCCGUGUCUGUGUCUUCACUGAUGUGACAGAACUGGCUAAUGAUCAGGGCUUUUUGGCUCUCAAGGCUAAAGACAAAUACAGUCUUGUUCUCAGUUUUCUCUGAUCCUGCAAAUGCUGUAUAAAGGCCUGUUGUUUGCAAAUUCCACUGUGCUGUAGGGCAGUAUCCCUAACAACCAAUACUGUGCCUGUUUUCCUCCAGUCUUAAUACCUCAGAAACAUUUUUGCACUUCAGGGGUUAGGUCUGAUGACAUGUAAAACACGAUUGUUUAAUAAAAUUAUUUUAAACCUUU